UAUAAAAGUAGGAAUAUAAACGUCAUACCUAUGGUGUAUCCUAGACAGAUACCCUGCACUUCCUCUGGCUAUAUCUACGACCACUUUGAAGCAAACAACUGAUGAAUGCGUUUAAAUCGAAAUUUCGAAACUUCCUGAGCACUAUGGCAACGAUCGAAAAGUAUGACGCUAUAAUUAUAGGCUCUGGCCAGUCUGGUAACCCCUUAGCUAUAGCCUAUGCGAAACAAGGCCAGAAAACAGCACUUGUUGAACGUAAACAUAUCGCUGGGUGCUGCGUUAACGAGGGCUGCACACCGACGAAAACACUAAUUGCAUCUGGCCGCGUCGCGUACCUAACUCGCCGGGGACAAGAUUUUGGCAUACACACAUCAGACUCGAAAACAAGCGCAAAUCAUGUCGCGGUUGACAUGCUCAAGGUCCGUCAACGGAAACGCGACAUCGUCUCUUCAUUCCGGGCUGGCAGCGAGAGUAGACUUAAGGCUGCCGGGGUGCAUAUUCUGAAAGGUGAAGCAAGCUUUGUCGGUCAGAAAGAGCUGAAUAUCAAAGAUAGUACUGGUAAGGAAAAUGUUAUCCAAGGCGAGAAAAUAUAUAUCAACGUGGGAGACCGACCUGCACCGCCGCUUCUUGAAGGAAUUUCGUCGCUUGAUCCCGGACGGAUUUUGGACUCCACGUCAAUCCAAGAGCUAGAUGAAGUUCCUAGCCAUCUUGUUGUGAUUGGGGGAGGAUAUGUAGGAGUGGAAUUCGCACAGCUUUUCCGCAGAUUGGGUGCACAAGUCACUGUCAUUCAUCGUGGAGCACAUCUACUAUCGCGGGAGGAUCCAGAAAUUGCUGAUCUUUUAGCGGAAGUUCUCCAACAAGACGGACUCACAAUCCACAUGAAUUCAAGUGCUGUCAGAAUUGCGGUGUCCAAUAAUGGCUUCGAUCUCACUGUCCAGACCAGCAACGGCAAUCUGACUAUCGCCGGAACACAUAUCCUAUUUGCCGCCGGUCGCAUACCAAAUACGGACACUUUGAAGCUAGAAGCUGCAAAUAUUGCAGUUAACAAGAAAGGAUAUAUCGUAACAAACGAAUAUCUCGAGACUUCAUCACCUUCAGUUUUCGCAAUCGGAGAUGUGAAAGGGCCUCCGGCGUUCACGCACCUCUCAUAUGACGAUUUUCGCAUCAUUCAGUCCAACAUUCUUUCGAAAAGUCCUGCAAAGCUUUCCAUCAAAGACCGCAUCGUGCCUUAUGUAGUUUACACCGACCCUCAACUUGCGCACGUCGGUCUCCAUGAAGGAGAAGCCCGUGAAAAGUACCCCGACAGAAAGAUUCAGACAGCAAAAAUGCCCAUGGGAUACGUCGCACGUGCACUAGAAACAGAUGAGCCACGGGGCAUGAUGAAGGCUGUUGUUGAUUGCAAUACCGGAUUAAUCCUUGGUUUUACCUGUCUCGGCCUUGAAGGCGGCGAAAUCAUGAGCAUUGUGCAGAUGGCGAUGAUCGGAAAUAUCCCAUAUGAAAAAUUACAGAAUGCUAUCUGGGCCCACCCUACUUUAGCGGAGAGCCUGAACAAUUUAUGGGCAUUUUUGGAGUAAAACUAUCGUAUUUUAUACGUGACACAGAGCACAAAACAAAACUCGAUGGGCAGUCUGGUUCAAGCGCAUUCACAUGAACGACUAAUGCUCAAAUCACAAGAUGGAAUGUGGGGUGAAAAGUCCAUAUUGAGACGCUUCCAAUGUAGAGAAACCAUCUAUUGAUAGAUGUUACUCUGGAUGCAGGAUUUCCUACACGUUAAUUGAUGCUUCUAUAGGUAACUGAACGCAUAAAAAUUAAUUACCCAU